AUGAAAAUUGUCAGUGUUUUAAUCUUUGUAAUCUUCAAUGCGAUAUUAUGGAGUUUAAUUAAUUCUGUUAAGAAUAAUAAAGGUCAAAAAGAGUUAAAUAAAGUUGGGGAAGGGUCAAAGAAUAUAGAAAAUAGAAACAAAAAUGAUGGGGCUGAAUCUUUAGUCGGUCCUCAAAUUCAAAAUCCUAAUGAAACGUCUAAAAAUGCAGAAGAAGACACAGCUGGAAAUGAUAAAAGAAAGUUAUAUAAAAGAGAAUAUAUGAAAGUUUACCGACAAAAUAAUAAGGAAAAGCUUAGAACGUAUGAUCAAAAUUAUAAGAACAAGAAUAGAGAAAGGAUCCGAGAAAAUGCGAGAAAUUGUUAUAAUAAAAAUAAAGAAAAUGCUAGCUUUGUUGAGAAGAAAAAAGUAUAUAGUAGAAACUAUAAUAAAAAUUACUAUCAAAAUAAUAAAGAAAAGUUUCAGCAAAAUAACCGAAAAUACCGACAAAAAAUGAAAAACGAAAAUGAAAUUGAGGAAAGUUCAAAAUUAGGAAAACAAGAUUCUGCUAAUAAUGAAGGAGCUUCAUUUGUUAAUCCACAGAUUUAUGAUUUUAGGGAUAAAGGAAAAGAACCUAUUGUUUUCGAGGAGAGCUUAGAUACUGAAGAAGGAGAUCAUUUUAAUCAUGAAGAGGAAGAAUAUGAAGAAAACGAAGCAGAAGAUAAUUUUGAUUAUUUAAAUCAAAUUGAGAUAGAGGAGCCAAAUGAAGUUCGUGAAAAUAAGAUGGAUCAAAUAAAUUUGAAUAAAAAUAAUUAUUGUUUUGAUCUGAACGAGAAACCUGAAGAUGAACAAGAGGAUGAUUGA